CCUGAUGGACCAGCAGGGCCACCUGGCGAGAAGGGUGCGGAUGCCGAGCAUCCCGUGGGCCGGCCCGGAGCAAAAGGUGAACGCGGAGAAGCAGGUCCUAAAGGGCCACCAGGAGUCAAUGGCCGAGAUGCUCCACCUGGCGCUGGUGGACCACCAGGACCACCUGAUUAAUCGAAACACAUUUUGA